AUGGCGAUGUCAGCCCGUUUCUCGGACGAUCAGGAAGUUCGACAAAGGACCAAGGAGUUCUUCUCAGCCGCAAAAUUCGCCUUGAAAUUGGAUAUUGACAAGGUAUGUCUCGAUACGCUUCAUGCAAGUAUUCUGGUGGGCAACCUUUGUGGAGCUGAAGGAGAGGCUUCAGGCGAAGCCCUAUUCUUUGGAGUUGCUUUCCGAAUGUCACAUGUUUUGCACUUGCCAGAGCCUGAUGCUGGAGAUGACAGUAUCACACAAGAGAUCAAGGUGCGAACCUGGUGGUCACUGUACAUGAUAGACACAUGGUCCUCAGCUGGGCUGGAUCUCCCCCGCCAAAUGUAUGACAAAGGCCAAAAUCGACUUCCGAUGCCCGAAACAAAAUUUUGGUCUCUUGAAAGAGGAAAUAGUUCUGAAAAAGACGGUCGACUAGGGGUAGGUCUCUGGGGUUACAUGGUGAUACUCGCCCGAAUUUUCAGCCAUAUCCAGGAUCUCCAUGUGAAACUUGCAGAGGGAGCUCUAGAUGAGCAUCAUGCUGAAGCAAUUACUGAAGAGCUAGCGCAUGAGUUUGAUAAAUAUCUUCAAGAUCUACCGUCGAAUUUGCAUUUUACGGUUGAUAAUCUGAAACAGCAUGCUGCUGCAGGCCUCGGGCGGGCCUUUGUCGCGCUUCAUCUUGGUUAUCACCACUAUGCCACAUUGCUCUAUUUUCAAUACUUUGAUACACAGCUUGAAAGGACGCCCAGUCGGACCAUAUUUGUUGCUCGUUGCAAGUACCAUGCUGCUGCGUUCAGUGAUUUGUUGAAAUUGUCUCAUGAGACCGAGGAUUGUGAGGUCUUUUAUCUCAUUGUGGCUCAUAUGACUGUCGUUUCCUCCUCUGCGCUACUGCAUACAUUGUUAUUUGGAAGUCAAGAUGAGCUACUCGAUACAAGGAAACGGCUUUACCUGAAUUUCGAGAUACUUAUGAAAUUGAAGCCAUAUUGGCCAGGUGUGGAAUUGAUGGUGAGAUCUAUCUCAUGA